UUUAAAAAUUCAAAUUUUGUUGAAUUUAUAUAGGGAUAGUGAUAUAAAUGAAAUGUAAAUGAUGAUAAUGAUAAUAUUGAUUAUUAUUUUUUAGCAGAAGGAACACCCAAGGUCCAGAGGAUCUAAGAUCUAGACGUUACAGAAAGGCAACACAAUGAAAGAACCUCUCAAUGAUCAGAGAUCUGCCUAGAGUUAGAGAAUUUCCCAUUGCCACAUGCACUGAGCAGAAAGUGCAAGAGCAGCCAUCAGGGAUGCAGGAAAGGUCAUGAUUGCUUAAGGAUGCAGGCAAACACUAGAGCAGUGCUCCUCAAAGCUCUGUGUGUCAAAAUUCCCAGGAGGGCUUGUUAAAGUACAGUGUGCUGUCUUCACAUCCAGAAUAUCUGACUCAGUAGAUCAGAUGAGCCUAAAAACAUGCAUUUCUGACAGGUUUCCAGGGGAUGCUGAUGGUGCUAAUCAGAGAACAUGAUUUGAGAACUACUGAACUUAAAUAAUUUUUCUAGAUAGCAACAGUAACCACAAUUUGUCAUCAAAGAAAGCCAAUCAUUAGCCAAAAUGAAUGACUUCAUGAUUUCCUUUGGUUUAGAUUGAGGAUAUUUCUAUCACUCUGGGGAAUACUUAUUUGGAGUGAAUUUUUAUUGCUUUUUUCAUCCCUCUGGGCAAACUCAGCAGCCCCAUGGAAAGUGGAAACCAAACAGGAGUCAGAAAUUUUCUCCUCCUGGGAUUCACAAAGGAGCCAGCCCUCUUUUGGCUGUUUCUGUCCAUGUACCUGAUCAUAUUCACUGGGAACCUGGCCAUCAUCUUGGCCAUCAUCUCAGACUCCCACCUCCACACACCCAUGUACUUCUUCCUCUCCAACCUGUCCUUUGCUGACUUUUGUUUCACCUCUACCACCAUCCCAAAGAUGCUGAUGAACUUGCAGACAGAAAGAAAAGUUAUCACCUAUGCAGGCUGUCUCAGCCAGAUAUUUUUUUUCAUUGUGUUUGGAUGCCUGGACAAUUUACUCCUGACUGUGAUGGCCUAUGACCGCUUUGUGGCCAUUUGUCACCCCCUGAACUACACAGUCAUCAUGAACCCCCAGGUGUGUGGGAUGCUGGCUCUGGGGUCCUGGUGCAUCAGUAUCAUAGGCUCCCUGCUCGGGACCUUGACCCUCUUGAGGCUGUCCUUCUGCAGGAACAUGAACAUCUCACAAUUUUUUUGUGAUCUUCCUGAAGUCUUGAAGCUUGCCUGCUCAGACACCCUCAUCAAUAACAUUGUGCUGUAUUUUGUGACUAUUGCCCUAGGUGUUUUUCCUCUCUCUGGCAUCCUCUUUUCUUAUUCUCAGAUUUUCUCCUCCAUCCUGAGAAUUUCAUCAGUCAGGGGCAAGUACAAAGCCUUUUCCACCUGUGGGUCUCACCUUUCAGUGGUUUCCUUGUUCUAUGGCACAGGCCUUGGAGUCUACCUCAGUUCUGCAAUGACUUCAUCCUCUAGGACAAGUAUGGUGGCCUCGUUGAUGUACACCAUGGUCACCCCCAUGCUGAACCCCUUCAUCUACAGUCUGAGGAACAAGGACAUGAAGGGGGCCCUGAUUAGACUCCUCGGCAGGGCAGCAUCUCUCAGUGUUGGGACUUUUACAAGACUCUCCUAAGUAGUGAGGUACAUAGUACUAAGGACUAGAAAUCCUGGCUUGCUUUAUUUAAUAUUUUUAUCUUUCCUAAUAUUCAUAUUUUAAAGCAAAAUAUUCCUUGAGUCUUCAAUGCCUUCUCUAUUUUCCUUCUAGUUAUAUCUUGGGUUCCCUUUUUUACUUUGUAACCAGUUGUUUUAAC